UUCCUUUCCUCUCUCUAGGCUUUUAUUCACAAAGGCCACUAUAUUAGUGUCCCUAGCCUUCUGAGGGAAAGGCAAGUCUGGAAGAGUAGGUUGACCAAAGCUUACAGGCAAAGAAAAGGCAUUAGAACGGAGAAGAGAACACCUCUUGAUGCAAAGCUUCGCAGAUACCAUGAUGGCAGCACCUUGGAAUUUCAUGAGAAUAGUUCAUUGUUCCAAAACUGUUUUGUCACAAGGAGUCCAGAUAGGAGGAAUCACCAGUGAUUUUGGGCAUGCCUGGUCCAGGACUAUAACUUCAAGUUUUGCUGCCAAACCACCCACAUCAAAUACAGUGGAACUGCUUGGUAAAUCAUACCCUCGAGAUGACUACUGCAAUGUCACAGAAAAAAUUCUCUCCAAAGUGGGAAAGAACUUGCACAACCAACGAUACCACCCUUUGUGGCUGGUCAAAGAGCGAAUAAAGGAUCAUUUUUACAAGCAGUAUAUAGGACGUUUUGGGACCCCUCUCUUUUCUGUUUAUGAUGAUCUAUCCCCAGUGGUUACAGUGGAGCAGAACUUUGACAGUCUGCUUAUCCCACAAGACCACCCUAGCAGGAGGAAAAGGGACAACUAUUAUAUGAACCGCACUCAUAUGCUAAGAGCACAUACAUCGGCUCACCAGUGGGACUUGAUGCACUCAGGAUUGGAUGCCUUUCUGGUUGUGGGAGAUGUCUACCGCCGUGAUACAAUUGAUAGCAGCCACUCCCCAGUCUUUCAUCAGAUGGAAGGAGUGCGGCUCUUCUCCAAUCAUGAGUUAUUCAGCAACAUCAGAGAUGGAGAAAGUUUCCAGUUAUUUGAGCAAGGGCACCGCACAGCACACAAGCAGGAGAUGCACACCAUGGAAGCAGUGCGACUGGUAGAAUUCAACCUAAAACAAGUGCUCACAAAACUUGUGACUCAUCUCUUUGGUGAUGGACUGGAAAUUAGAUGGGUAGACUGCUACUUCCCGUUUACGCACCCUUCCUUUGAGAUGGAGAUCAACUUCCAAGGAGAAUGGAUGGAGGUGCUGGGCUGUGGGGUCAUGGAGCAGAAGCUAGUUAACUCAGCUGGAGCUGAGGAGAAAAUUGGCUGGGCAUUUGGCCUAGGAUUAGAAAGGCUGGCUAUGAUCCUCUAUGAUAUCCCUGACAUCCGCCUGUUUUGGAGUGAAGAUGAACGCUUCCUGAAACAGUUUACUGUGUCUCACGUUAACCAAAAAGUACAGUUUCAGCCUCUCAGCAAAUAUCCUCCUUUGAUAAAUGACAUCUCCUUUUGGCUGCCAUCUGAGAAAUACUCUGAAAAUGACUUUUAUGAUUUAGUCCGAACCAUCGGAGGAGACGUGGUAGAAAAGGUUGUCCUCAUUGAUGAAUUCACACAUCCGAAGACAAAGAAGGUCAGCCAUUGCUAUCGUAUCACUUACCGUCACUUGGAGAGGACUCUGACUCAGGUCGAGGUGCAUCGCCUUCAUCAAGCCAUAGAGGAAUCUGCAGUACAAGAACUGGGAGUGGAGGGCAGAUUCUAAAAUCCCUGCUUUAGCAGUCCCAGACACUGUUAGUGUUGGGGGUUUUGUUGGUUGGUUGGUUGGUUGGUUGGUUGGUUGGUUUUCUGGUGGGUGGGUUGGUUGGUUGGUAAAGAAAGACAGAGAAUUUGGUCAAAUGUAGAACUUGGAAGCCUUUUGAUAAAUUGGCAGUGGUAGAACUUUCAGAUCAUAAAGAUUACUGUUUAGAAAUCAUUGACAAAGCAUUUGUUCUUUAUUUUAAAAAGGUGGGGAUGCAAUAAUGUAAGAUUUCUCUCCUGUUACAUUAAGAAAUACUCUGCCUGGUGGUUUUCUGUGUUGUUAAUUGGUCCGUGGGUUCCAUUAAAGUGUAAACGCUUGGCAUUAUUUCUGUGUUGACAGAGUUUUCCAUCCACAUAAUGAGUGAAGCAAAACACAUUUUAGCUCUCCAUAGAAAAACUGUUCAAUUUUUGUUCCCUUUUAAAAUCAACAGGGCACAUUCUGCCUCAAGAAAAACUUUCAUGAAAUAUACCUGCAAAGUUUGGAUCCUGAGCCAAGUUGAUUGGUCUUGGAUUUUGGUUUGGCCUAGUAUUGCAGAAGGGAUAGAAGGGGAGUGUGGCUCUAAGUGCAAGUCAGAAAUUUCCCAGCAUGCCGUAUGUUUGGAUGUGGCCUCCAGUGGGGCCCAGCUGUACUCAGACCAAAGCAAAGAGAGCCUCUUUCACUGCUGGCCACAUGUGUUUCACAUGCAAAGCAUCUGCUUCAAAUCUGCGUUCCUAGGAUGUGUACUGUGGCAAAAAUGUCCAUCACCUGCGUCAUCAGCCAAACACUGAUAUUGGUGAGAAGAUGGAAGAGGAAAGUACCCAUUAUUAUAAGGCCAUGAAAAGCAGAAAUAUGCAGGUAUUUAAACUCCCGUAAUGAUGUGCUGCCUAACAGAAAUCAUCCAUUGAAACACAUGACCUUUGAGGAAGAAAGCAGAUCUUUGAUAGACCCUUUUUUAGGUCAGUCACUUUAUUGGAUGCUUACUUCUUCCAUGACAGGUUACCAUAAGCAAAUUUUGGCAGUGAAAUAAUGCUGGAGGCUCAUGGAAAUUUUCAAAUGAGCUGAUAAAUACUUGGUGAAACAACACUCAAAUGCAGAGAUGGUACUGUGAGCCAUUGUUCUUGCCUGUGAUUAUAUUAACAUGGUCUUUCAGGUAACUUACCAAUUUGCUGACUCAACAAGGAAGUUGCCUUCUUCAAGGAAGGGGGUAGUAAAAACAACACAUUAAGAACCAUCCAGCAUUUUAUAUCCGACCAAGAGAUUACUGUGCAAUAAACAUGUACGUAACCAGAAGAAGCCAGCAACCAGCACAGAUGGGACAUGAUUAUAGAGGUCCUUGUAAUUUCAUUAUUCAACAGACUUAGCUGUAUAAACACAUUUUAAUCUAAAUCACUGUUGCACUAUCAAAAUAAAAUGAUUAUGAAGACAUCAUGCUAGAUUUUUUUUCUACAAGGCAAACAGAGUAGGAGCCAUUUGCACAACAGAAGAACCUACUUGGUAACCUUUAAACAAAAAUCUACUUUUUUAAAGAACCAGUUUCCUUAAUUGUAUUAUGUGUCAUUAGAUUCUCUCUUGUUUUUAAUUCCCGCACCUUUUAGAAAUCUCAUUAAGGAUUAGGGAUGUUAAAAUGAAUUUAAUUAUAUAACCGUGUAACUGCUGAAAAAAUGCAGAGGUUACACAGGCGGCAGUCCGUUCCCCAGGAGCCAGUGCUCACUGAGAGCCAGCUUUUAAGCCACGCACACUGGCUCCUGCCUUCCUCACACCUUGCUCUGCUGCCUCUGAUACAGUGGGAGUGGGGGCAGGCAGCUCCCUGGGAGCCGGUGUAAAAGGGGAACCAGCUUUUAAACGGGCUCCCUGCAGCUACUGGGAGUCUGCAUGUAACUGUGAGGGUUAGGUUAACCGUGUACACAGUUACACUUUCAUAUCCCUGUUAGGGAUUACUACAGUGGAAGGGCUUUUUCAAAAAUUGCACCAGUCAACAGAGUGAUGAUUAUUUCUUGGCCAGCCAAUUCAGGCAAUGCUGCCACCUGGGGAUCUCCAAUAAAUCAUGCAUGAUGCAGGUUGGUGUGUUCAUUAAUCACGUUGCAAGAGAGGAGAUUACCAGCUGCUUCCUGCUGUGUGAGAGCAUUCAUAAUACCCAGUGCCUCUUGGGGGAAAGAUGGCGUCUCCUCUUUUAUUAUGGCCCUGCCUGAGGCACAUUGCAGGAUUCCCUUUGCCAUUCAAUAGGGAAACCUCCAUCUACUGCUUUCCAAACCCCUUUACUCUGCCCCCACCAUACACCAAGAUUCCUUAAAGCAAUCUUGGUUUUCCCAUGAAAUUGGUCCAUCAAAAUGUGUGACAUAUAUUUAAGUGAGGAAAAUAUUGGACAAGGAACCUUGGGUCUCACAACUAGAGGCGUGAAUUAAAUGGCUUAACAAGGGCACCCAGAUGUUCUUCAAUCAGCCUGAUUCUUAUCCAUUAACAUUUAGGCUACGUCUACACUGGCAUGAUUUUCCGGAAAUGCUUUUAACGGAAAAGUUUCCAUUAAAAGCAUUUU